AUGGCCCCUUCGGCGCGUUUGAUAUCCUCGCUGCGGCGAACUGCAGUCUCUUCUCGUACGCUCUCUCGCCACCAAUGCCUACGACCGACAAGUCAAGUUCGCUGGACUGGAAGCACGUCGGCGACUUCGGAGCCACAUCAGCCAGAUGAGCAGGGCGGUGUCAAGGGCCCAACCGCCUCUUCAAAAUCAAUCAAAUUCACCUCGGAGUCAUACCCCCAUCUGAAACGUGAUUCUAAAUUCGCAAAGGUGACCACAGAGCACGUCCAAUACUUCAAAGAUUUGCUGGGCUCAGAUUCUGCCGUUAUCGAUGGUGUCUCAAAAGAUGCAUCGGCCGAUAUCGAGCCCUUUAACAGUGACUGGAUGCGCAAGUUCAGAGGCCACACGACGUUGGUUCUCAAGCCCAGCACUACCGAAGAGGUCAGCAAGAUCCUCAAAUACUGCAACCAAAACAUGCUUGCUGUCGUCCCACAAGGUGGAAACACCGGCCUUGUCGGUGGCUCUGUGCCCGUCUUCGAUGAGAUUGUCAUCAACAUGCAGAAGAUGAACCAAAUCAGGUCCUUUGACGAAGUGUCCGGCAUCCUUGUCGCCGAUGCCGGUGUCAUCCUGGAGAACGCCGACAACUUCCUCGCCGAGAAGAAGCACAUUUUCCCCUUGGAUCUCGGUGCAAAGGGUUCAUGUUAUAUUGGUGGCAAUGUCGCAACCAACGCUGGUGGUCUCCGUUUACUGCGCUAUGGCAGCUUCCACGGCAACGUACUCGGCAUUGAGGCUGUUCUCCCUGACGGCACUAUUGUGGAUGACCUUUCGACGCUUCGCAAAAAUAACACUGGAUACGACCUGAAGCAGCUCUUCAUUGGUGGAGAGGGCACAAUCGGCAUCAUCACAAAGGUUUCCAUCAUUUGUCCUCGAAGGUCGCCCGCCGUCAACGUCGCAUACUUUGGUCUUGAAAGUUAUGAAAAGGUCCAAAAGGCCUAUAUCGAGGCCAAGGGCCAUCUUUCCGAGAUUCUGUCAGCUUUCGAACUGAUGGAUGGACGUACACAGAAACUGGUCAACAGAGUGACUGGUAAGAAGAUGCCUCUCGAAGGAGAGUACCCAUUCUACUGCCUGAUUGAGACCAGUGGCUCCAAUGCCGAUCACGACAGUGAGAAACUGCAAACUUUCCUAGAGCAUGUCAUGGAGACCGAAGUUGUCUCGGACGGUGUCCUCGCUCAGGAUCAAACUCAGAUCCAGGAGCUCUGGUCAUGGCGUGAAGGUAUCACCGAGUGCCUCGGCCAUGACGGUGGUGUCUACAAGUACGACCUGUCGAUCCCGAUUGCAGAGCUCUACGAUCUAGUCAAUGAAACACGUGAUCGCUUGACCGAGGCUGGGCUGCUCGGUAGCGAGCCGACUCACCCCGUGGUUGAUGUCGUUGGAUACGGCCACAUGGGCGACGCCAACCUGCACCUCAACAUCCCAGUAAGAAAGUUUGACAAGACCGUAGAGAAGCAGCUUGAGCCAUUCGUCUAUGAGUGGGUGCAAAAGCGAAACGGCAGCAUCAGUGCUGAACACGGCCUGGGUGUGACCAAGAAGCCUUAUAUUGGAUACAGCAAGAGUGAGACCAUGAUCAGGUUAAUGAAGCAGAUUAAGGAUCUGUACGACCCUGUAAGUCAUAUUCACAUUGAUUCGCUCCAAAAGUUUAUGCUAACAAAACAUCAGAACGGCAUCAUGAACCCGUACAAGUACAUAUAG